AUGCCCAGCAUGGUCGUACAUCCCACCGAGGGUACACCAAUCGAUCUCGACCACGACACGAAAUUCGAUUGCGGACUCAUCUACGUCAACAGACACUUCUACCGCACUUGGCGCGACAAGUUUCUCUUCGAGAACAAGUUCGUGUUGACCAUGAGCACAAAGCAGCUACAAACAACAUUCGACGACUUCGGCCAUCUCCGGACCUUCCUCCGUAAAACCUACAUGCCCAAGUCAACCUACUCAAAUGGAGAGCCAGACACCAUCACCGCGAGGAUCGUCAUCCGGGACAAAGCGAAUCCACAGCCCGGUCCAUCGUACAUUCUUCGAUUUGAACUCGAAGGCACGGCCUCGCUGGCCGAUGUGCGUAUCAAUGCGUUACCAUUCGUCAUGGAGACGUCGACUACGCAAGCAUCAAACACAGUCACAAUCCAAACUUGGACGACGCCUGGCACUGACGGACCAGCAACCAUGACUGCGUCUCAUACCAUGACACUCCACCAGCUGCGACUCAAAAUCGUACUAGCGAUAAUGCACCACGUGUAUUCCAUUCCAACGUACAACCGAGACGAACUCCCAGAUUUCUGGAUCAACGGCUUCGGAGACGUCGUCCCGACUCCUCCUCCUCCUCCUACUACCACUACCACUAACACUCGUGUACCAUGCUCACCCACCGGAACAUGGCACCCAGCCUCCACACUCAUAUACAACGCCGACUGGGACGAAGACAACUACUCCAUCUCAGAGCUCCAUCCCAUCGACUACGUUUACCGCAACAACGGCUGGGGAUUCCAUUCUGGCUGUCGGUAUCCAUACAGCAUCCAUUGGCAGCUUUUUCCGUUUUGCAGGCGGACGAGGGAGGUGCUGCCGUACCUUGUGCGUUGUUUGGAUGAGGCGGGGUUGCCUGAUGACGAUGACGGGAUUUUCGGACAGUAA